AUGGAUGUUCCACAAGGUUUACAAGUUGACAUACCAGGUAUUUUAUGCAAAUUGAAGAAGUCCUUAUAUGGACUAAAACAAACAAGCAAACAAUGGUAUGACAAAUUGACAGAAUCUCUGUGUUCAAAAGGAUUUGUGCAUUCAACUAAUGAUUACUCACUUUUCUAUAAGAAGAAUGGUUCCUUAACUGUAUUUGUGGCUGUGUAUGUGGAUGAUGUAAUCCUCACAGGGACAGAUUUGGAAGAGAUCAAUGGUUUGAAUAGCUUCCUACAUGACAAAUUCAAGAUCAAAUAUCUGGGCAAGCUACAUUAUUUCUUGGGUCUGGAAGUGCUCUAUAAGAAUGAUGGAGUACUUAUUUCACAAAGAAAAUUUGCUACAGAUUUGUUGAAAGAGUAUGAUUGCCUGGGAUAUACUACAGUCUUUUUCCCUCUUGAUUGCACAGUUAAAUUGAAGGCAACUGAAGGAUCCAUGUUGACAGAUCCCACAUAUUACAGGAAACUUGUGGGGAAGCUCAACUUCCUCACAAACAUAAGACUUGACAUAACAUACAGUGUGCAACAUCUAAGUCAGUUCAUGCAGUCACCAAGAGAACCACACCUUAAAGCUACAUUACAUAUUCUUAGUCUUGACUGCACCUUAAAAGCAUAUUGCGACUCAGAUUGGGCUGCCUGUCCUGAUUCUAGGAGGUGUGUGAGUUGCUAUGUAGUUCUUCUUGGAGAGAGUGCCAUCAUCUGGAAAUCAAAGAAACAAGACAUAGUUUCUCUGUCGUCUGCAGAAGCUGAAUAUAGAUCAAUUCGAAAGGUAGUUGGUGAGUUAAUAUGGAUAAAGAGAUUGUUGGAAGAAUUAACUGCUACAUGCCAAAAACCUAUUCCUAUUUUCUGUGACAGUCAAGUUGUUGUACACAUGGCAAGGAAUCCUGUGUUUCAUGAGCGUACAAAGCAUAUAGAGGUUGAUUGUCAUUUCGUAAGAGAUAAGAUACAAGAUGGGUUGAUCACUCUUCAUCACAUCUCAACAAAUGAUCAACUGGCUGAUAUUCUAACUAAGGCUUUGACAUGCAUCAAACAUACCAGCAUCCUUGGCAAGUUGGCAGUGAAUUCUUCCCCACCAACUUGA